AUGACAUCGCACCGCGUACUCUCGGUGGCAGGCGCUGUGUCGUACAACUACCUCAUCUAUCCCAUGACCGACUGUCUCGCCGACUCCGACCCCCUCGCCGAGUCAGUCGACAAAGGCGAGCUUGCACAGCUGGUAAUCCGCACUGGAGAUGCGGACCUUGUGGCGCAGCUCUUGACCGCCGCUGCGCCCAAAUGGAACGUCGAGGUCUUCGGCCCACCGCUCCAACCACCCGCGUCGCACAGUCUUAAACACAAUGCCUCGUCCAUAGUGGACCUCACCUGUGAUCGGACGUCGUUGGAACGACCUUCGCGCUACGACGUGGUCAACAUUCGACAGAUUGGGAAACGACCUGUUUGGCACGCUCCGCCAGCAGACAAGAUAACUUCUACGACUGCGGGUACUGCUAUCAUCACUGGUUCUGGAGAAGCCUUUCAGGACGUUGAGCCUGCUUUGGACUUUCUACAGAAGUUGAAGCCAAAGUAUAUCAUUCAUCAUACGACGAGACCUCUUGCCACCGGUCGACUGUGGGACAUCCUGCGCAAUGGGCCGAUGACCAGAGAUGGCGUGCCUGACCCCGAUCACCUGGCUGUCAUCCUAGACGCAGAAGACCUGCGUGCUGAGGGCAUACCGCUGAGUCGAGGGUUGUCUUGGGAAGCGACUGCUGAGGACUUUGUCCGGAAUCUUGGAUCAAACGGGCGACUGGAUACGCUGGUGACUUGUCCAAACCUCAUAGUUAGAUUUGGGAACGAAGGGAUCAUCCACCAUAGAGGUAGAGACGCCGUGGGUCCGCAGUUGUACUUUCGACCGGGUCACAUGGAGCAGUCUCACAUGCAAAUGUCCGGUACUGCUUCAGCAUUUACUGCGGGCUUUGCAUUGGGGUUCCCAGACACGGACCUGGGUAUACGAUUAGGCCUUACUGCAAGCAACCGACUCUCAAGAAGUGGCUUCACACUUAACAAGGACGACGAAGCACCAGACUACGACGUCAACAGCAUUAUGGAGAACUUAUCUGAAAAGGAAAGGGCAUCUACCGUCAAGGUGCCCUCUGCCGACAUCUCCUCGGGAGGGAGCUUCUCCAUCUUCGAUGCUCUGACUGGUGACCCUUCUGAAGUGGCUCGAGAGAUCGUCACUAAGGGACAUGAUCGAGCGCUUGCUCACUGUUCAGUGCAGAAGUUCGGCAAGUUGUUUACUGCCGAUCGACGAGAGCAGGAGAGCCUAGGCUCAAUCGUCGAGACGGUGGAUGAGCGCUUUGGGUCAAAGACUGCGGCGCCGACGUGCAUAGGAGUGUUUGGGCCCAUUGGUUCCGGGAAGAAAUUCUUGGCAUCCAGUCUGUCAGAUGCUGUUAGCAGCGAGUGGCCUUUAAAAAGGCUGACGUACGACACACAAGUCAUGCGUGCGGAGGACUUAUCAGUGAUAUGCAACACCGUGCGGGACCACUCAGAGGAAGGAUACAUAUCGGUUGUAUCUUUCGAGAACUUCGAGCACCUUCUCGAGGAGAAAGGCCCCCUGUUUGACCAGGUGAGCUCGUUGAUGAGGCGCGGGACUUUCAAGGACGGGACACAUGAGCACAAGAUCGGGCGUUGUCUGCUGCUCUUCCUGGUCAAGCAAGAACCUCCAAGGUCCGAGAGCACGCCUACCCCAACCCAGGUUCAUUUCGACCUCGACCGAACCGAUACUUCUACGUCACUCGACAACCUCCACGGCGUCGUGAGGCUCCUCGGACCAAACCAGUCGGGUCCCCAAGACAAGCUGUUUGCUGUUCGCCGCGCUUUCAUGCUCCGACAGCUGCUUUUCGAACGGCAUCCCCCGCUGGAGGUCAACGGCACCAUCAAGAUCGACGAAACCGUCUUGCGCGCCUUGCUAUUUGUUCCCGCGUACAAGAAAGGCCUGCGAUCGCUGGAACGAAUCAUCAGCACGAGCAGACUCUCAGGCCGGGCGAAAUUCGACAUCGCCGCUCUCCCACCCGAAGACCAAAUCGCAGAGGAAGUACCCGAAGUCCGCACCUUCAUGGCUUUCCUCCGCAGCCCUAAGCUCCCUCCAGUCCUGCGCGAGCGCAUCGCCGAAGGCAUCUUCGAACGCUACAAGCAACAGCGCCGUAUCAUGUCCGUCACCCCCGAGCAGCAGAAAGAACUCCUUAACGACCGCGCCAUGGUCGACUGGGACGAACUCUCCAGCGAGCUCAAGGAAUCUACCCGUGCGCAAGCAGACGAUAUCCCGCGCAAGCUCCGCGCUGUCGGGUAUUUCAUGCUUGAAGGCGAGAAGGACUCCGAUGCCAUGGUCCACGUGCCGGAGUUCACGAAGGAGGAUCUCGAUAUCCUGGACAAGAUGGAGCACGAGCGCUUCAAUGCUGAGCGUUUGCAGAAGCAAUGGCGUGCCGGCAAAAGAAAUGCGAAGCAGAGGACUACUCCGUUCUUGGUCCCGUGGAAGGAUCUGACGGAAGAGUGGCAGUUGGUGGAUCGGGUGAUGGUGGAGUGUGUGCCGGGGAUUCUGGAGAAGACGGGAUACAGGAUCUAUAAGAUGAAGAAGAUGGAGUAG